AAGAAGUAGCAAUGAUCGCCACAUUACUACUGGUGGGUUUCAUCGGGCUGGUGAUCUACAGACUCCUGGCUGAGGAGGAGAAUCCUCUCGACAAGUUACCAGGACCUCCACAAAAACCGAUUAUAGGAUGUGUCUUCGAGUUCCUCAAUUUAACUCCACGUAAAAUGUUUAAGAAAAUGCGUCUCUACAGCAAGCUCUACGGAGGCCGUUACAUUGUCAAAAUAUUGAGGAGGAGGAUUCUGCAUCUUCACAAUGUUAAUGAUGUCGAGAUUAUGUUAUCUCAUCCGAGGAACAUAAAGAAGAGUAAACCGUACAGCUUCCUAGAAGGCUGGCUCGGCACUGGACUAUUGCUCAGUUCUGGGGCAAAAUGGCACAGACGGCGUAAGAUCCUGACUCCAACCUUCCACUUCAAUAUUCUGAAGAACUUCACUAACGUUAUGGAGGAGAGGAGCCGAGGUUUGGUGGACAAGCUGAAGGAGUACGAUGGCAAAGAAGUGAACCUCAUGCCUGUCAUAAGUGACUGCACCCUGUUUACCAUAUGUGAAACGGCUAUGGGUACACAGUUAGACUCUGAUUAUUCUACGAAAACCCAAGAGUACAAAACGGCUAUCCUUCAAAUUGGUGGUGUACUGAUGGGUCGUCUAACAAAAGUAUGGCUUCACAACGAGUAUAUCUUUAGAAAGUUUCCAAUGGGUAAACUGUUCGAGAAAUAUCUGGAAAAAGUUCAUUCGUUCGCUGAUGACGUGAUUAUGGAGAGGAAGAAGAGUUGGAAACCUGGACAAAAUGAUGGUGUAGAAGAUGAUGUAGGUGGAAAGAAGAGGUUAGCCAUGUUGGAUGUGCUGUUAGAAGCUGAAAGAAAGGGAGAAAUAGAUCUCGAAGGGAUCAGAGAAGAAGUUAAUACGUUUAUGUUCGAGGGACACGAUACCACGGCGAUGGCGCUUGUUUUUGGGCUGAUGUUGCUAGCGGAUCAUCCUGAAGUUCAGGAACGUAUAUACGAAGAGUGUCAGAGGAUCCUCGGAGAUUCAGAUAGCAUUCCAACGAUGUCUGAUCUGGCAGAAAUGAAGUAUCUUGAAGCUGUCAUCAAGGAAGUUCUGAGACUGUACCCAAGUGUGCCGUUCAUAGCCCGGGAGGUGACUGAGGACUUUAUGCUAGGAGAUAUUCUAGUAAAGAAGGGUACGGAAGUAUCAAUCCACAUAUACGACCUCCAUCGUCUGCCGGAGCUGUACCCAGACCCGGAAGCUUUUAAGCCAGAACGGUUCUUAAGUCAGCAGCCAACGCAUCCUUACGCUUUUGUGCCUUUUAGCGCUGGACCUAGAAACUGUAUUGGUCAAAGAUUCGCGAUGUUGGAAAUGAAAUGCAUGUUGAGCGGAGUUUGUCGCAAGUUCAAGUUGUCUCCGAUUGUCCCAGGAGGACGGCCCGAACUUUUAGCUGACAUGGUACUACGACCGGCGGAGCCUGUCUGCGUGAAAAUGCAUCUAAGAUAAAUAAGAAUUAAAGUCAGUUUUGAAUAAUUGUGAUAUGUUAAUUCAACCAUUUUUAUUGUGAGCAAGAAAACAAAAGAUUUUUGUUCUUAUAAUUUUUUGUGAGUAUUGUGAUACUCUAAAAUAUGUACAGACAUCAUAUUUUAAUAAGGGCCGAUUUUUCAAUGUUUACAUAGAAGUUAUCUGUUGAAUAAUUAUGAUGCUGUCGCGUCAGAAUGUUUGUAUAAGACAGUGACAGCAACAAUUUUAUUCAUCAGAUAACAUUUAACUGGCUAUUGAAAAAUCUGCCCUAAAUAAGUUAAUAAGGAAAGGUUAUAAAGUGACAGUAUUUGAAAAAAAAUUUUACAAAAUAAAAAAACCGCCUUCAAAAAAAGUCAAGCAAUAAAAGUUCCU